AUAUUAAAUAUUCUAUACAAUUGCAUCAAGAGAUCCACUCUCCUUAUAAAAUAUCUUAAACACUGAAUGACACAGCGACUGUGCGAGAUUGCAUCAGUGUGUAUAAGUAGCGCUUUAGGAGCAUAACAAAACUUCCUUUCUAGGGAAGUCGUUGUGGCCGAGUGGACUUACGCACUGGUUUGACAAUCUUGCUAGGCGGUGGGUGCCGUACGUCGCUGGUUCGACCCCGAGCUGGGGCGAAAAUUUUCAGUACCUAGUUGUGAUUAUUUGGUGCUUUAUAUAUAUAUAUAUACAUGUAUGUAUAUAUAUAUAUAUAUAUAUAUCAUUCUAAUCAAUCUUUCUUUUUUUUUUUUUACAAAUUUAUUGAGAUCUAUGUCACAAAUAAGUGUACAAAAUGCAUAUACAUACAUUAAAGUGAGAAAGAGAUAGAAAAAGAGGAGUGGGGAGAGAGAAAGACUAGACUGGUGCAUGGAGAUAGUCAGCUAAUGCCCCUUUAAAUCAGAAUGUCAUCUUUACACAUUUAAUUGUUCUACCCUUACACAUGUACUAGAUUGCAUGCAUUACUGAUAGUAUAUAUAUUGGGGAAGGAAAGCUGGUUUUAGUAUGUGCAAGUUUAACAUAAUUUUACUAUUUUCAUGCUCUAUUUAGGCUCCCCCGAAGACUAAAAGCACCACCAGUCAAGCAGUUGUGCCUCGGGGUGCAGGUAGAGGAACAGGGAGGGGGGCAGGAAGCCAGGCUGUGGUUCCUCGCGGAGGAAGACAGAUAGCCAUGACAAAGGAUGCUGAAGGCAUGAUCAUCCCUGAGGGAUACACAGUGAGAAAAAUUGAACCAGCCAAGAACUAUGAUGUGGUUUCUUUUGCUCGAGCAAUGAAUGAAGAUUUUGCACCAAGGUUGAAAAAGCUGUUUGAUCCAGAAACAGAGGCAGCACUUGAAGCACAGAAAACUGGUAUUUACAUAGGAUGGAGGUGUCCAGAGUUCAAGCAUGACUGUCAGAGAGUCAACAAGGUGUCCAAAUGUUUCUGUGGUCACCUGCUAGGGGAACAUGGAUCGUAUACAGGAAAAAGUAUUCGCGUGCCAUGUAAACAAGGAGGUUGUAAGUGUAAGGCUUUCGCAUGGAUUCCGUCCAGACCAGAGGAUGUGGGGGAGUUUUGGUUUCAGAGGAGGCGAGAUUUUGACCCAAGUACCUGGCGAGCAAAAUGUCGGUGCAAACACACGCAUGAAGAACAUGAUCCAGUGAUGAGACGAUGCAAAUCACGGGGUUGUGGCUGUGGAUUGUUUGAUUCCAACUUCCUGUGCGCUGCAUGUGAUAAACACUGGGAACAACACGAGACAUUUUUUGAGACAGAGGAUGAAAGACGACAAAAUGGCCUCCCUGUUGGUGAAAUGUAUCUGCCAUUUGCAGAGAUGCCAAAUCUGCGUAACAUUGCGUUAACUGGGGAUGAGUAUGAUGACAGUACAUAUCUAGCCCUUACCCAGGGGGAGGGGUCUAUACCCCAAUCUAACAGACCAGUUGGUAACAAUGCCCCAGUCAGCUUCAGUGGUGGAUCAAGGAGUGGUUUCAAGCCAGUGUAUGACUGAUGGGUAGUUCAUUCUAGAUGUACUGAAGAAACAAGGGAAACUCAUGGUGUCAUCUGUCCACAGACGUACGCAAUCACACUGACUUGUUAAACGUUCAAAGUCAACCAACCAUGUGCAUCUAGUAAAAACAACUUUAAAAAUGAAGGUGUAUAACAGAACAGUAUUGACUGUGACCUCCGACAACAGCUGUUUUGUUUGACCCUCUAUUGGAUCUGUUGCCCUCAGCCUACGGUUUCGGGCAACAGAUUUGUUCUUAGGUCAAAUAAAACAGCUGCUGUUCUUGGACCCAGUCAAUAACUGUAUAAUAUUUCAUUUACCGGGUAUACACAUUGUAUGUAAUACUGUAUGUAUUCACAUCUAUUUGUUAGUUUUUAUACGCCCGUCGAAGACGGGACGUAUUAUGGUAUGGCGGCGUCCGUCUGUCUGUCCGGACCUUGUGGGCAGGAUACAGAUUAAACCAUAAGCCCUAGGACUUUACAACUUGGUACAUUUGAUCACCAUGAUGAGAGGAAGAUGCCUAUUGUUUUUUAAGGUCAGAGGUCAAAGGUCAAAAUAUCACUUAUUAGGAAAACCUUGCGGGCAGGAUACAAACCGAACCGUAAGCUCCGGGAUAUUAUAACUUGGUAUAUUUGAUCACCAUGAUGAGAGGAAGAUGCCUAUUGUUUUUAAGGUCAAAGGUCAAGGUCGUAGUAUCACUUUUAGGAAAACCUUGUGGGCAGGAUACAAACCGAACCGUAAGCUCCAGGAUAUUAUAACUUGGUAUAUUUGAUCAUCAUGAUGAGAAGAAGGUGCCUAUUGUUUUUCAAGGUCAGAGAUCAAAGGUCAAGGUCGUAGUAUCACUUAUUAGGAAAACCUUGUGGGCAGGAUACAAACCGAACCGUAAGCUCCAGGAUAUUAUAACAUGGUAUAUUUGAUCAUCAUGAUGAGAGGAAGGUGCCUAUUGUUUUUCAAGGUCAAAGGUCAAGGUCGUAGUAUCACUUAUUAGGAAAACCUUGUGGGCAGGAUACAAACCGAACCGUUAGCAUAUUUAUGAAGUAGCGCAUUCUAAGGCUAUCCCUCUUUAUAUCUUGAUAUCCAUUUCUACAAGCAUAAUAAUGAAUUAGCUCACAGAGGACAGUGCUAACUUCACUAAAAUAUGAAUCCCACUAAAAUAUGUUUUCCUUGAGCAAAAUCUACGGGCGUAUUAUGCCACGUUGGCGUUGCUCUUGUUCGUGAUAAGAUACACACCAAGUGUUUCAGUGUAACUGUAAACUUAACAUUGUCAGAUAUCCACAGAGGAUCUCGUCUUACAUUUCAGAUCAGUGUGGGUAUCUAAUGAGGUAAACUUAACAUUGUCCGAUAGGCACGGCUGCAAACUUCUGUGACCUUCUCUGAUCAGUUUUUAUUUGUCUUCCGUGCUGUUCUUUUAUCAGCAUACAGCUGUUUAUUUGUCUGCCAGUCACUCUCAACUUUCAGAAUGGCUGCAUUGUUCUCGGUAGCCUAACAUGGGACAACUGUACCUGAAAAAUAGGUGAACAUGAGAAAAUGUUCCUCGCGCAAUAUACCGGUAUAAGAAAAUGUUACGUUUUAGAAUUCAUUUACUGAAUACUUUUACUGAAAAUUGCAUGGAUUUUUCUCUUUUUGUUUUAUUUCAUUCAAAACCCUGCAUAGCCAUUUUGCAGGUGAGUGGUGUGACCCAUGGGUUUCUUCAAGGAAAAAAGGGGGGAUUUUUUUUUUUUUUAGAAUUUUAUUAUUUAUCUAUUUAUUAGAUAGUUGAAUAUGCCUUUCAUAAUUGGUGCUUUUUUUUCUUCCUUUUUGAAUUCAAAGUCAGUGAGUGGCAUUGAGGGUUUAUACACUUGUUUGUUUUUAAUUCAAUGUAUAUUGUAGAAUGAUUAUGCAUUUUGAAUUUCAAUUUUGCACAAGAAAAUCCAUUCAUCUUAUUUUAUGUAUUUGCUUUAUAAUGAACCACCAUGUACCCUUCAGUUAUGCACGACACGUGUGAAUGUGUUGCUCAGUACAGAUCCCUAAAUUACUCAUGAAGUGGUCACUCGGAAAUACAAAUAUGAACUGAACUUAAUGUGAGGCUUGGAUCAAGAGUACGUAUUGGUAAAUAACAUACACUCUGUUUAUUAAGUUUCAUACAAUCUUUGUUGUUGUUAGUGGUUAUGUUCCACAACUGAAUAAAAUUUUAUUUCUUUGUUAUGGUAUUUUAUAAAACAAGUAUCUGUGAUAUAUUACAUGUCUAUUGAAAGUUUCUGAAUUUAUAAAUCAUGUCUGAAAUUAUUUA